AUGCCUCAGUCGGAUGCCAAACUCUUUCAACCCAUUCGCGUUGGACACCUGAACCUUGCUCACAGGAUCGUCUUUGCUCCUCUCACGAGAUUCCGCGCCGACGAUGCCCAUGUCCCAACAGACAUCAUGGUGGAAUACUAUACACAGCGUGCAAGCGUGCCUGGAACACUUUUGAUAGCUGAAGGGACUGUCAUUGCAGCUAGGGCAGGUGGGAUUGGGAAUGUCCCAGGUAUAUGGAGUGAUGCGCAGGUUCAAGGUUGGAAGAAGGUAGUUUCUGCGGUCCAUGCGCAAGGAUCGUAUAUCUACUUGCAGCUCUGGUCUCUCGGGCGAACGGCUGAACCUAAAUUCCUUUCACAAUCCGAUUGUCCACAAAAUCCUGGUGGACCAUAUCCAUAUGUCUCAUCGUCGGACCUUAUGAUGUCCGAACGCGACGACGGAAUCAAACCCAACCCUCUAUCGCAUGAGGAGAUACUGCAGCAUAUUGAACUCUUCGGACAAGCAGCUCAUAAUGCUGUUCAUGGAGCUGGAUUCGACGGUGUUGAGAUACACGGCGCACACGGAUACAUCAUCGAUCAAUUUACGCAGGACGUGUGUAAUAAACGUAGUGAUAUGUGGGGUGGAAAUAUAGAAAAUCGGACUCGAUUCGCCCUCGAAAUCAUCAAAAGCGUCACCUCCGCCGUUGGGGAAGAGAGGACUGGUAUCCGUCUGAGUCCUUUCGCGACUCGUCGUGACAUGCACAUGGAGCAUUCCGAACCAACCUUUGCUUACCUUGUAUCCCGUAUCCGCGAAGCAUACCCGCGGUUUGCGUACCUUCAUGCCGUCGAGCCACGAGCAUCAGGCCAAUUCGACCGCACGCCGCUCAAAGGCGAGUCGCUCGACUUCCUCCGUGCUAUCUGGAAGGGACCAAACAGCGAAGAGAAUGGUUCUGUUUUCAUCGUCGCAGGAGGUUAUUCUCCUCAGGAAGCAAUCAGAGUUUCGGAGGAGAACGACGACCUGGUUGCUUUUGGCAGGUUUUAUAUUUCUAAUCCCGACCUUCCGGCAAGGGUAAAGAAAGGAAUCUCGCUGACGCCAUACAACCGAGCAACGUUCUAUGACGUUGGUAGUCCGGCGGGCUAUGUAGGUUAUGCAUUUGCCGACCCCGAAGUCGAGGCAAAUUACAGAGCGAAGAGGCUGGCCGCAUAA